GCCGCGGUCACACUGGCAGAGCACCCAGAAACCAAAAGAGCGAGACAAAAAACAGAGACAGAAACAGCGCAGCAACCAAAAUAAUAACAAUUAAUAAUACUAAGUGUCCGCUAAAGAUAUUGCACGAAUAAAGGCAAACGCUCGGCAGCAGUCAGACCAGCUAGUACUAGUUUUUUUUCCCCUUUCGUUCUGGCAGCAAUCUCUCUUGGUUAUUUUCUUUUUUUUUCUGUUGCGACGCAUAAAUCGUCUCUUAAUCGAUAUAUACAUAUAUAUAUAUAUGAGUUAACGGGAGAGUACGAAAACAAGGCGAACGUUUUGCAGAUUUAAUGUCGCAGUUACUUUAUGUGCAGCAACAACAAUAACAUUGGGAGUAGGCAAAAGCAACAGCAACGAUAACAAUAACAAAAUCAUAAACGAAAAACGACGAAAAGGAAACUCAAGUAAAACGUACGACGCAGCGCAGUCGUUGUGUCUGUAUUGGUGCGUGUGUUUGUGUGCGCGAGUGCGAGUGAGCCAGCAAUAGGGCUCUGCGUCGACGGCGGCAGCGGCAGAGGAAGACGAAGAAGAAACAUACAAAAAAAUAGUUCAGUUUUUUUCAAACAAAACUCGAGCUCCGCAGUUGAGAAUUUGCUGCGCGUUUUGAAAAAGCUUGUAAUUAAUAGGAAGACGCCCAUCAUUAAGCAACAACAGUUGGAGGGCGUGGCAAAUCAAAAUAAAAAGUAGCACAUAAACACAACAUAAGGGGGAACGAAAAAGAGAGAAAAAGCAAGACGCAAUUGGAGAUUUUGUUGCUGCUGCUGCCGCCUGCAACAACCGAAGAUAAUAAUAAAGAGGAGUUUCAAACAAGAACCAACAAAAACAACAAUAACAACUGACGAAAAGCACACACCAAAAAGGAAAUCAACAACAAAAGCUAAAGCAAGAAAGAGAAAGAGGCGAGAGAGGAGAGCGAGCAGCUAAAAACAUAUGAUUUUUGUUUGUGUUGUUGUUUUUGCGCGCGCUCUGCGGAACGUGUGAGAAAAGUGGAACGAGCGAAACGAGUGGCAGUGUUGUUGUGCUUCAGCUGCUGCUGAUUCAACCAACGAACAGCAACAACAACGCAAGUGUUGACAACAAGAGAGCAAACGAGAGAGAGAGACAAAGCGAGAACGAAUCAGCUGGGGAAAGAAACAACCGAUCAGACGCAGUGUCUCCAAAAGAAAGAGAGUAGACAGGAAAAGCGAACGAGGCUGCCACCCGCCACCCACUGCCAUUAGCCAUCAGCCAUCUGCCACCCCCAGCCGUCCGCUGCCCAUUGACCUCCAGUGUGGAGGCACUGCAUCAUUGGCAGCAGCUGUGGUAGCAGCUAGAAGAGGAGCGAUUCCGGCGGCCAGCAGUCACCACCGGCCAUCCCCCCCAGCAGCCGCCGCAUCAUGUCCGCGGACUCGCCACGCCGCCAUCCCUCCGGCGUGGUCGGUUCCGGCAUUGGAUCGGGCUCCGGAUCCGGUUCCGGCCUGGGCUCCGGUUCUGCUGGUGGCAGCAAAACGGGUGCCGCCGUGCCGGCCAUUGUACCUCCGCAAACAGUGUCGGAUCGCUCGAUCCUUGACUCAGCCAUUGGUUUCAUCAACGAUGUGACGCUGGCCAAUCAGCCGGUGCAAGAUCCCAAGGACACGAUCACCUGGGCCCGUUUCGAAACGUGUGCGGAUGUCAGCGAUCCGCGCUUCGGUGAUGACUGGGAACUGGACGGGAACGCAGCGCCACCACUGUUGCUGAUUCUAGGCUACGGUCUCGGCGUCCAAGUGUGGGCUAUACCAGCCAAUGGCGAGGCGGUCGAGGUGCUAUCCUGGCGUCACGGCGUCGUCACUGCGCUCCGUGUGCUGCCCACGCCGGCCACGGCUGCCGCCCUGGAUGAGAAUGGUCGGGCGGAUGAGCCGGUCGAUGCCUUUGCCGAGAAACGUCCCCUGGUGGCGUUCGUCGAUGGCGGCAGUGCAGCGGCCAGCGGUCUACUGGCUGGUAGCUCGGGAUUGGGUCUGGGUGGCGGCGGCGUAGGAGUCACAACAGUUGGCAACUCGGUUGGAGGAGUCGGCGGUAUCGGCGUGUCGGCCGCUGCCCAAUUCAGUGCCGUAAAUUUUAUGUCCCUCAAAACGGGUGUCCAGGUGAAGACGAUCAAGUUCAAGAACGCCGUGCUGGACAUCCAGGCCAAUCGAUCGGCGGUGGUCAUCACGUUCCACGAACGGAUCGCUGUCUUUGAUGCCAGGACACUGGAGGACCGCCUAACCAUUACCACCUGCUAUCCCAGUCCGGGGAUCAACCCCAAUCCCAUUGCUCUGGGACCGCGCUGGCUGGCGUAUGCGGAGCAUAAACUGCUGCACUCCAAGCGCAGCGGCGGCGGAUGCGAUGGCGAGGGCGUUCCCAGCUACACGGCCACUGUUCUCAAUGCGGCCAAAUCCCUGAGCAAGGGACUGCGAGAGUUUGGUGAACAGGUGGCCGCCGGUCUAACGGGCACCACUGCCGGCAGCGGCGCCAGCUCCAAGAGCAGCAGCUUUGAUUCGGCCAGCGGCGGUCCCGAUGCCAAGCAGUCCGGUGUGGUCACCAUCAUCGAUGUAAAGCAUCCGGUGAAGGACUACAGCCCCACGUCGGGUACUCCGUUGAGCUCCACGGGUGGCUCACAGGGCGGUGGCGAUCCCAUCGUUGCUCACUUUGUGGCCCACAGCGAGGCUCUGGUAGCCAUGGAGUUUGACAGCUCUGGUAUGCUGCUUCUCACCGCCGAUCGACGCGGUCACGAUUUCCACGUGUUCCGGGUACAACCGCAUCCUGUGGGUCCCAGCCUGGCCGCCGUGCACCACCUGUAUGUGCUACAUCGCGGCGACACUAGCGCCAAGGUGCAGCACAUCGCCUUCUCGCUGGAUUCGCGCUGGGCUGCCGUGUCCACGUUGCGCGGCACCACCCACGUCUUCCCAAUCACGCCCUACGGCGGCGCCAUGGGCGUUCGCACGCACACCUCGCUGCAUGUGGUCAACAAGCUGUCCCGCUUUCACCGGAGCGCCGGCCUCGGAGCAGAUGGGCGCUCCAGUUCGCCGAUCUCGCACUCGGAGAGCACGACGUUCGUGCAAUCACUGCAGCCGUAUCAUAAUCCCACGUUGCCGCCGUAUCCGCGGCCGUCGGUGGUGCAACCGCUGGCCCAGUUGCGCCAGCCCUUCACUCUUGGAUCACCGCCAGGAUCGGCGGGUCUGGGCGGUGGAGUGGGCGGAGGCGGAGUCAUGGGCUCUGGAGUUAGUUCCGGCGUUCAUGGUGUCGGUGUUGGUGUAGGCAGUAGCAGCCAACGGCAGCGGCAACGUCUAUCCUCGCUGUCGGACGAUAGCGGCAAACCACUGAGUGUCUGCUCCAUCUUCGCCAAGUCGCGCUCCUGGUUGCUGGAGCCACCAAUGGCGACGCGAGAGCAGCCGCAUCGUGUCCAGCGCAAGGCGGUGGACUCGCUCUUCGUGAUGGCCGGCCACGGGGCGCUUAUCCAGUACGAUCUGGACACGAAGCUAGCCUCACAUGUUGCCAAAGAGAAGAUUUGUGAUGACACGCCCAUCGAGCUGGAGGUUGAGGCCCGCGCCCAGUGGAAUCUGGGACGGCGCAAGGAUGGAUCUCAAGAAAUCGCACCGCCGUUGGGUCUGGACAAUUGGCUGAUUAAGGAUCGCCAUGCCAGCCUGCUCUUGGACAGCGCCCAUCAUUUUGACGAGCCGGACGAGCGAACCGAAAGCUGGCUGGCCCAGGUGGAGAUCAUCACGCACGCUGGUCCCCAUCGCCGGCUGUGGAUGGGUCCGCAGUUCGUCUUCAAGAACUAUAAUACGCCCAGCGGUUCCAAUCUGAACCACGUCGAUGCAGAGGCUGUGGAAAUUGGCGUGACCAAGACGACGACCACCACGUUGCCCUCGACGGCAGCUGCUUCUGCCUUGGGAUUGGGUUCGGUGGGAGGCAAGGAUCGCUCCAGUCCGCUCAAUAUGCCGCUAAGUGCAGCCACAUCGGUGGGCGGAGCUGGCAUUGGCAGUGCAGCAGUGACGGGACGCAGCGGUGCCGGCGUACCGGUUCUCAUCGAAUCCGGAUCGUACAGCAGCAUUGAGCAGAGUCCCAAAUUGAUGGAUCGCUUUCGACAUGGCCACCUGGAUUCGGAUUAUGGCCAUGGCGAUACACGUCUGAAGGAGGAUUUGGCGGAUGCCAUGCGAGAAUCGCCAUCUACGGCAGCGGCUCGACGUGAGAAUACGGCUGCAUCUGUCGAUCAGGCAGCUCCCCCAUGUGGCGAUCACCUGGCCACCGCCUACUCGCCUGCUUCAGCGGAUCAACUGGCUGCCGGCGCCGGAGGAAGUGCGUCCUCGAAUUGUGAUAAUGCCUGCUAUUACGAUGCGCUCGCCGAGCACGAGAGUCUCAAUGAUCUGGACGAGGUGGUGGAGGAUCCCCAACAGCAUCAACAUCAGCAUUCAGAUACGGAGACGCAUUUGCAUUCAAUGGACUCCAUUUCAGCCCUGGCAUCCGUUCUGCCCAACAUUUGUAGCUAUUCGCGUGUGGAGAAGAUGGUCAAUCCGCUGGGCACUGUCACGGAUCUGAAUGCGGGCAUCUCCGGUGAACUGCAAACGGAUAUGCUGGACGAGGUGGUUGGCCAACUGUCCGCCGAGGAUACGGUCAUCCAUGAGAAUUGUGAUGAGGCUCUCUUCCGGCCAGUGGUGGCCAUCUUUUGCAGUGAUCCGGCUGAGAGGCAGAAGCUCCUUCAAAAGGAUCAGCAGACGGAAGAAGCGACGGCAUCGGAACUGGAACGCGAACAGGCCAGUUGCCAACCGCCCGUGGUGCUGGUCAAUAAGUUGAUUGUACCGGUGAUUGCCAAGGAGGUGGACGAGGUGCUUGUCCAGAAGGAGAAGCAAAAGUCCCAGAAGCAAUCACACAAGGCGCAGCAGCAGCAGCAACAGCAGCAGCAGCAACAACAACAGCAUCAGCAGCAACAACAACAACAACAGAAGACCCUAAGAUCCCUGGCUGCCGCCGAAGAUGCGGCACAAGCGCAGAAAUUCGCAGAGCUUUCACAUCUCAACAAGCCCAGGGGCAAUAGCAACAGCAACAACAAUAAAACUGCCAGCCAGAAGAGUGGUAGUGGCACCUCCGAGGAUGAGGCCACCACUACCAUCACAAUCGCCAAAACAGCGAAGAAGGCCAAGAAUAACAAGCAAAAGACCAGUGGCAAAGUCAGCGAAAAGAAGGCAGAGCCAAAGAAUCUGGAGGAGGAGAAGAUCACUGUCGAGAAAGAGGAAGAGAAGGCGAUUCCGGUGGUCAAGGAGGGCGCAUCCCACAAGGAGGGCGAUUCGGAUGCGGAAUCUGAUCAUGCAGAUAGUCUGCUGGCCAACAAGAGCAGCAUUGCGGCCGUCAUGGUGAGCAGUGCCAGUGCCCAGGGAUUAAGUUUGCACGUGGAGAUGAGUGCGCCGGAACCGGAACACGACGAGGAUGAAGAGAUAGAAGAGCUCGAGGAGGAGCCACCCAAAAUGGCCACCACCAAAGACAACAAGAAGAAGCAAAUAGUAGGAGAAGCAGUGGCAACCAUGACAAUCGACAAGGAGAAGGAAAAAGCCAAGGAAAAGGAGAUGAAGCUAAAAGAGAAGGAAAGGGAAGCCAAGCUUCAGGAAAAAGAAAAAGAAGAAAGGCUGAAGGCCAAGGAAAGAGAAGAGAACCUUAAGCUGGAGCGAGAGGAAAAGCUUAGGGAAGAGAGACUCAAGGAGAAGGAACGCGAAGAGAAGUUAAAGGAGGAAAAGAUCAAGGAAAAGCAACGGGAGGAAAAGCUGAAGGAGGAGAAGCUUAAGGAAGAGAAACUUAAGGAGAAGGAACGAGAAGAAAGGAUCAAGGAGAAAGAGCGAGAAGAAAAGCUUAAGGAGAAGCAACGAGAGGAAAAGCUUAAGGAGGAAAAGAUUAGGGAAAAGGAGAGGGAGGAAAAACUCAAGGAAAAGCAAAGGGAAGAAAAAAUCAAGGAGAAGGAGAGAGAAGAAAAGCUCCGAAAAGAGCGUGAAGAGAAAAUUAAGGAAAAGGAGCGAGAAGAGAAAAUCAAAGAGAAGGAGCGAGCUGAAAAGAUCAAGGAGAAGGAACGAGAAGAGAAACUGAGGAAAGAAAAGGAAGAAAAGCUCAAGGAGAAGGAAGAGCUGCUCAAGAAAAAGGAGAAGGAGGAAAAGGAGAGAGAAGAGAAGCUCAAGGAAAAGGAAAGGCAAGAGAAGCUGAAAGAAAAGGAGCGGGAAGAGAAGCUCAAAAAGGAUAUGGAAGAGAGGCAACGAGAAACGGAAAGGGAGGAAAAGCUAAAAGAGAAGGAAAGAGCUGAAAGGCUCAAAGAACUGGAAAAAGAAGCAAAGCUGAAAGAAAAGGAGGAACAGCUCAAGGAGAAGGAAAAGGAGGUUAAGCUGAAGGAGAAGAAGGAGAAAGAGAAGGCCAAGGAGAAGGAGAAAUCUCUAGAAACCGAAAAGCCCCUCAUCUCGGCAAACGUGAGCAAUCCCUGGAGGCGAGUCGUCGAGGAGACGCCACCCAAACUGCCAGCGGUUCAGGAUUAUCCGAGCCUUGGCAAGAAUCCCACUAAAUCGAGUCCGGAGAAGAAGCGGGAUGAAAAACUGCUGCCAGGACUGACGACUCCCCCAAAAGAGGUGAACGACACCUUUGAGGACUUCUUGAGCGGCUUAAAGCCACUGGAGGCCUUGCCACCUCUUCCCGCUCUCGAACCCCUGGAGGUUAAGGAGGACUCGAAAAAGGAACCCGUCAGUCUAAUCAAUUUUGAAAGUCCGUUGCAGGAGACUGCAUCCAUACCGCGGAAGAUUUCCCCACCGCCUCGUGGUUUCACCGAACAGAACUUGAUCCUCGCCUUGUGCGGUUCCCUGCACUAUGAAAAUGAACAGGAACGGAUGCGGGAAUCGGACGCAGAGGUGCAGCCUGAGGUGUUAACCACACCGGAACCGGUCUUCAUUACCCUGGAUACGCUAGCCCUGCAGAAAUCCACCUCUACGUCAAAUAACUCCUCCGGAUCCGAGGAGAUUGUCGUCAUGGAGGAACCCGUAAAGAAGCUGAGCAAGAAGCACAAGCGAUUGAAGCAGCUCCAGCUGCAGCAGCAGCAGCAGCAAAGGGAGCGGGAACCGGACGAUGAGGAGCUGCGUCCCCUGAUCAGCAUCAGCAUGUGCGAUUCGCAGCUGGAGGUGCAGGACAUACCAGCCAGGACCACGCCCGACGACGAUGAGGGUGUCGAGGAGGAGCCUGAGACGGAGCCAGAGCAAUCCCUGCCGGAGGAUCUACUGCACUUUGGGAGCAGUGGCGUGGCCACCAAUGCCACCACUACCGACAGCGAGGGACCAGUGCCGGCCACCACAUCCGACGACAAUGUCGUCUACGGCUCCGCCAGCACAACCAAUGCCGCACCGCACAAGCUGAAGACCAAGAAGCUGGAGCACAAGAUCAAUCUGAUAGCGGCCAUCGAGGCGGCCACCUCCUCGUCCACAUCCUCGGCGGAGGAGAGCAGUGUGGAGACGACGGUACAUCCAGAUCCCACGGGACUCGGUCUCGGCAUUGGCCUGCAAUCCCAUUCGCCUGGCGCUGCAGUCGCCGCUGGGAACUUGAUCACGGGUGCCGCUGCACCUGCAUCUCUGCCCGCUGCCGGUGGCGUCACCUCUGUGGGAUUGGGCGUUGGCGUGGCCAGCCCACCGAGUGCCACAAAGAAGAAGACGAAGCGCCGAAAGAGAUAAGAAUUAGCGAUCUGUUUGCUGUGCGUCUUUAGCCUGGUGGUCCUGUGGCAUCUGUACGCCGCCAAUCGACAGGAUGGAGCACCCACUGCCCAUGCGCUCCAACAGCAGCAGCAACAACCGCAACAGCCGCCGCCACCGGAUCAUCCACCACCAACGGAGGAGGAGUCAGGGCCAGCCAUUCUUCAGCCCAAUCCCGUGCUGAAGCAGGAGGAAGGUGAGCAGCCGGCGGGCAGGACCAGAGCCAAGUAGAAGAAGAGGAGAGGACGCCAAGCAAACGAGUGGAGAUCACCGAGUGCUCCACACAGUAAUGGACAGCAACCACGACAGAUGAUGACUCUGGAUUCAUAAUUUUUAGCUGAGUGCAAGAAAAGUAUAUCAUUUCAGUAACCACACAACAACAAAAACAAAAACAAAACAAUUCAAAAAGCAAAACCAACAAAAAACAAAACAAAACACAAAACUCUGCAAAAAAAAUGUGAUUUAUCGAAAAGAAAAACAACAAGUUAGUUAUAAUGCAUAAUUUAAAGCGAAACGAAACAUAAACAACAACAAAAAAAAAACAAAAUGAAAAUGAAAACAAAACGACUGUAGCUACUCGUUUAGACAAAAAACAUAAAACAAUUAAGGAAAAGCGACAAAAAUAUUUAAAUACUAACCAAUUUUUAAGUGCAAAGUUAUAUUGUUAGCUAUACAUUUCUAGAAAUUAAAAAUAUAACAAUAUAUAUAUAUAAACCAAACACACUUAUAUAUAUAUAUAUAUAUAUAAUAUAUAUUGAAAAGGCCUAAAAGUAAAAACACUUUGAUCAAGUAUCAAAACUAAUUAAUGCUCUCAAAUUGUACAUAAAUGGCGCCCGAAAAUCCGCUCAGUGUGGAGAUCGAAAUUUGUAAAAUUGAUAUCCUGCCCCUAAGCUAACAAACACACACACUAUACACUCACACACAUGCAGCUAAAGCUUGCAGGACACCCAGUUGGAAUUUAAUGGUUAAAUACAGAUAUUCAGGCCCAUAAAUGGGUAUUCAAUAGAACGACUUUUCCCCAAGAAACUACAUUUUCCUGCCCAAGCAGCCAACUGCGUGUAAGAACCUACUGCAAAGCGACUAAUGACAACUAUGUGGAUUAUAUUACUAAUUGUCCAAUGUCACAAUUGUUUAAACUCGUUUCUAGGCUUUGCUUUCGUUAAGUUUUCUCCAUACUCGUUCGAGUUUCAAGGUCUCUUUUUUGAACCUUUUCUUUUUUUUUUAAUUUUCUUUCAUUGUCAAUUACUUGAUGUUAAUUUAUUCAUUUUAUUAGAAAUGGUCUCGCUUGUUUGUGUUUAAUUUGUUUUAAUUUCGUAAUUUUUUCUGUUUCUUGAAAAGAUUGUAAAAAGUGAGGAAAUCAAUUGUUUUUUGUAUAUAAUAUAUGUAUAUCGUAUAAAAAUUACAUCUAACUCGCAGUAUUUAUGAUUUACGUUUGAGAGAUGGAUGAAAAAAGGAGGCAAGGAAAUAGCUAAACACUAAAAUUUAAUUUAAUUAAAUGAUGUAUGAUUAAAUAAAUGCAAUUUUAGUUAAAACAACAAA